AUGGACAAGAGUUGGAUUGACGAAUCGAACCAUACUUCGUCUACUUAUUUGGAUGGUGUGAUACAACUCUUAAACUAUGCUUUUCGUGGGAGAGACAUAGACUCGGUUGUAUAUUGCUCAUGUUGGACUUGUUUAAACCGUGCCAUUAAUACUCGUAGGGAGAUAUUGCUUCAUUGCAUUAGGUAUGGGUUUGACCCGUCUUAUAGGGUGUGGACUAGCCAUGGUGAAGUUAUGGGUGAAACAUCAACUAGCACGGAAGACAGGCAAAGGUCAGCACUGUGGGAAGAUGACCUAGAUAUGCUAAUGCGCGAUUGUGCUAUGCCUGACCACUUGGGUGAAGGGAUCAAUGAAGGCAACACUGCGAAUGAUGUAGGUGACGACCAUAGAGAUGACAACAAUCGUGGGUGGAGGCAAAUGCUUGAAGACAUGCAAAAUUAUCUUAUCUCAGGGUGUAAGAAGAUUAGCAGGCUUUCAUUCAUUGCACGUCUCUUGCAUUUGAAGGUUCUAUGUCAGUGGUCAAACCACUUGGUCGACCUACUAUUAGAGCUAUUGCGGGAUGCCCUACCAGAUGCUGUGAUCUUGCCGAAGAAUUACUACAAAGCAAAAAAAAUAACAAAGAAGUUGGGUUUCAAUUAUAAGAGUAUAGAUGCAUGCAUUAAUAACUGUAUGUUGUUCACAGGAGAUGAUGUAAAACUUAAAUCUUGUGCGAUUUGUAGGGCUAGUAGGUUCGUUGACGGCAGCCCCACUAAGGCAGCAAAAAAGAUGAGGUACUUUCCCUUAGUGCACCGUUUACAGAGAUGGUUUUUAUCUUCGAAAAAUGCAGCUUCCAUGUGCUGGCAUGCUGAAGGCCGUGUCAACGAUGGACUGUUACACCAUCCUGCUGAUAGUGCAGCAUGGAAGAACUUUAAUCGUCGUCACCCGUCAUUUGCCAGUGACAUACGCAAUGUACGUCUAGGGUUGGCCACUGAUGGGUUUAAUCCUUUCGGAAACAUGAGUGUGAGCUACAACAUUUGGCCAGUAGUUCUUGUCAUUUACAAUCUACCACCAUGGUUAUGUAUGAAACAACCAUCAUUCAUCUUAUCUACAAUUAUUGAUGGUCCAAAGGGACCCGGGGAACGCAUUGAUGCUUUUCUUCAGCCUCUGGUUGCUGAGUUGAAAGAAUUAUGGAGUACGGGGGUUCGAACAUAUGAUGCAGUAAGUAAGGAAAAUUUUCAAAUGCGGGCCGCUUUAAUGUGGACCAUUAGUGACUUCCUAGAGUAUGCCAUGUUAUCUGGCUGGCCAACAAGGGGGGCAAACGCAUGCCCUAAUUGCGGUAUGAGAACACAUUCGGCAUACUUGAAAAAGGGUCAUAAAUUAUGCUAUUGUGGACACCGGCGAUACCUGCCCGACGGUCUGCGUCUGGAUCGACAGUCCUUCGAUGGAACGAUGGACUUCGCAGCACCUACGACACGCAUAACUUGUACAGAACUGGUAGAACAAAUACGCGAUGUGCCAACUACAUAUGUGAAUGAUGAUUUGAUUACACAACACUUGGCACAUCAAUCUAGAAAACGGCGUCGCCACGAGCAUGAAGAAGUUUAG